AUGCACAUUGGAAUCCCCCCAAAGUCGUCGGCACUGUCGCCCACAAGUCCGUCGCCGCGGUCGCCGUCGCCGUUGAAUCCGAACGGCGGGAACUACGUCGAAUUGGGCGACAUGAAGCGGGACGAGAGCCGUGGAUACGCUUCCGGUGCGGGCCAAGAGCCUCAAACCCCUCUCACUCCAGAGUUGCCGCCGCGCCCCGGUCCUCCCUCAGACGGCCUUACCGAUGUUGUCAACAGCUGGUGGCUCUUUGAGCUUCUGGCCUGGGUUAUCAGCGCUAUUGCCAUGGGCGUUCUCGUUGUUACUUUUAUCCUCACCGACGACCAUCCGCUACCCCACUGGCCCUUGAGCAUCACCCUGAACUCGUUCAUUUCUAUCCUGGGAACCGUCGUGAAAGCGGCCAUGGUUGUGCCCAUUGCCGAGGGCAUCAGUCAGUUGAAAUGGCUAUGGUUCAAGAAGGCCGGCGUCCUCAAAGACAUCCAAACGUUUGACGAGGCCAGUCGAGGAAUGUGGGGGAGUCUGAAGCUGCUCAUGGGCACCAGAGGCGUACACCUUGCGAAGCUUGGAGCCUUUCUUACCAUCUUCAGCUUGGCCGUGGACCCUUUUAUUCAACAAAUCGUCGCUUACCCGGUCAGGAUGGUCAUAUCUGAUGUUAAUUCGACCAUCCCUAUUGCUCACCUUUACAAUGACUAUGCCCCUGGCGCAAUCAUGGCCCUGAAAAAUCCCACCCUUUCCAUGAAGGCAGCCAUCUCUUCCGGCAUCAUGAACACCAACGAAGAUCCUCUCGCUGAUUUCGAAAUCUCUCCCUACUGCCCAACUGGCAAUUGCACCUGGACGCAGCCCUAUCAGUCGUUGGCUGUUUGCGCCAAGUGCGCCAACGUCACCGAGAGUCUUGAGACCAAAUGUGAAGAUUUUGGUACCAUGUGGCAUAUCUGCAACCACACCUUACCCAAUGGCUUCAGACUGCAGACGGGAUACUUGCCCAUGGUGUAUCUCAACGCCACUGGCACGGUAGAUUCUAUCAACUUUAAUCACACACAAGCAACCCUUACCACCCUCACGACGAUUCGCUCUCUCCACGACGCCUCCUCAACAAAAGCUUACGGCGCUAUAGCCAUGGAGUGCGUUUUGUAUGCCUGCGUAAACGAGUACCAGGCCUCCGUCAACAACGGCACCUUUACCGAGACGGUCAUCGCCAGCUACAGCAACAGCACCACGCCCGGCUCCAGCGACAACAUCACCAUCACCCCCGACAACACGGGCCAGCCCUUCGUCAUCCAGAGCUACGCCUGGAACGCCAUCUCGCAGUACUUCUGGUCCAUGUGGGACGGCAACGUGACGGGCUCGACGGGCGAAGCAUCCGCCACCUCGGACGUCCUCGACGCCAUCUACCAGCUCGGCGACAACACCAACGGCGGCGAGAACAUCACCAUGCAGGCCCUCGCCAUGAGCAUGACGCACCUCAUCCGCACCCAGAAGACGCUCGCCAACGGCACCAGCACCGCAAAGGGCCUUGCCUGGUCCUCGAUGACGUACGUCCACGUGCGCUGGAUGUGGCUGAUUCUCCCGGCCGUCCUGCUCGCCCUCACCCUCGUCUUCCUCAUCGGUACUAUCCUGAUGAGCGCGGCGAGCGGUGUUGCGAUUUGGAAGAGCUCGACGCUCGCCCUGCUGCAGAUCAGGUUGGUUGAUGACGAGAGUCAGGGUGCCGCUCGCGGCGGGGGGCUAAGGGAAUGGGGGAGUGGGAGGUUGGGUGAUUUGAAUUCUUGGGCGAAUAAGUCUGAGGUUCGGUUGCAUCGGAGUGAGACGGGGACGGAGUUCCAUUUGCACCGGAAGCAGUGA